AUGCAUCUUCAAGCUCGCCGCAAGCUGGCAUCGUCUUUCGCGAACUACGCCAAGCCUGCAAAUGACGCUGGUUCAAAUGGGAGACCGGCCCCCAUCCCGUCGAACUCAGUGAACGGAUUCGCCUCCGCGAAAACCACGAGCUGGAACUUCUCCCAGCUGCCUGCGCUCGACGACGACAGUGACGACGACGAGAUCGUCUUCAUCGGCGAAACGAGAAAUGGCGUCUUUCAAUCCAACACCGGUCGGCCGCUUACGUUUGGCGCUUCUUCCCGGCCGCGCAACGACCACGUCAAAGUGGAAACAGUCGAUGAUGUCCGAAAGAGGCCCAUCCCGAGUUUAGUCGAUGACGCAGAACAGGAGCAUCUGAGGAAGAAGUCGAAGUAUCAGCACUGGAGCAACGCAGAUCGUCCCAAUGGCCUUGAGAUGCCGCCACGCCCUUCGCUCAGUCCGGCAUUCAACUCGAUGGCGUUGCCGAAGAUGACGACGACGCUGUUUUCAACAUUGCCGGUGGGCUCUAGACUUAUCGAGCCCCAGAAACACUGCCCUUCCACCGAUCUGAACGGCAUCUCGCAGCCAUCCAAACCAUUACAUUCGAUGACCAAUGGAAACCUGACCCAGGCCCGGAAGAUCUUCUUCGAGGAGGAAUCCGAAAAUGAGGAUGGAAUGGAGGCCACAGCUCAACAACCUUCGCCGCCGCCGCGACCACCACCGCCUCCACCCCCAACUCCAGACGUUCAAGAUGGCACAAAGGAGGCUGCAAAGUCGGAAAGCGGUCGGCUUCGACAUGAGGCGUUGCAGAGAAGAGAGCAGGAGGUUCGAAAGUCACAGGAGGCUCGAAAGUCGCAGGAGGUUCGAAAGUCGCAGGAGUUUCAAAGCAGCGAGAGACACCCGACACAGUCGAGCUCUCUCGUUUCGACUCCGAAAGAAAAUGGACUCAGAACGCCUGUGAACGAGCACAUCAAGCACCCUGAGCCCGUCCGAAUACGCCCUUCGAUAAUCCCGACCGGUCAUAGGGAAGACGGGAAGAACGGCAAGCAGACAAAAGCGGCUCAAGCUGCGAAGCAAACCGAAGAUGCGUGGCGAGCCGCCCAACAGCAUCGCCAGCACGCCGAACAAGCUAGGAGAAAAGCUGAUGAGCAGCGCCGAGCUGACUUCGAGAAGCGAGAGGGUGAAAGGCAUGCCGCGCAGCAACAGCGGCAUGAGGCGCAGCAAAAGGCUCUGGCUACGCAGCGAGAACUGCUGCUGAAGAAGCAGGCGGAGCAGAAGAAGGCUCAGAGUAUUGAGGAUGCGGGACGGUCUGCUCUGGAGAUCUUGCAAGCUGCUGCUAACAAAACUCUCGAUACGAUGAAGAGGCAGCCUCAAGCAGCCAUCCCACCGACUAUCCCAACAACUGCGAUGCCGACCGAGACGGCAGUUGGGCAUCAACAAGCUGGAGUGGGCAAGCAGGGCGGUACGAGCAUACAAGCUGCCUGCACACCGAAGGAGUCGGCGGUCGGGCAUGGGCAAGCUGUAGGGCGAAAGCACGGCGAACUGGUUAUCGAAGAUACCAGCGUCUCCACGACCGCGAUGAACGAUCACGCCAAAGCUCUCCCUGUGCCAGCCCCCGCAGAGCCCGCGCCCUCAGGGCCGAUGUCUCUCAACAGCCUGGCUGGGCAGAGAAAGAUCAUGCAGAGCAACCAGCGCAACGCCUCUAACAAAAAGCACGAGAGAAACCUUGGCGAGAUCACAUCGCAGGACCUGCGAACGAUGCACUGGAGAGAUGUCGAAGGGCUCGAGUGGAGUCGCAUCGCGGAUCUGGCCGAGCAAGAAUUUGGGAAGCGUCGUACCGGUACAACGUUCAGGAAGAGGUAUAGACAGAUCAGUGACGCAUUGGUCGAGCAGGGCAUCGACUCCGCGCUGGUUGUGGCUGCUCGUUCGGGCGAUGAAGUGGCGAGAAAGGCGUUGAAUGCGAAGAUCCCGAGCGAUGUGAAAGAAGAAAAGCGUCAUAAAGAUCCCUGGCAGAGUGACGCUCCCGCCGCGGACAGUGGUAAGACAUGCCUUGAGCAGUUGCCUCGCUCACGCCCUUCUUCAACGUCCAUCGUUGAUUCAAAGGUUCCCCAAGAGCUUGGAAAAUCAAGUCCACUCGCUCAAAAUCAGCCGCAAAAUGAUGAACGUCGACAAACCGGCGGAAAGACGCUCAAUCAAGCUGCCUACGAGCAUUUCAUCCAACAGUACGUCGAGAUGAUGCAAGAGGAGCAAGAAGAAGCAACGGUGGAGGCAGCCAGCCUGACCAACGAAGACUAUUGCCACUUUGUGUACCAAGUGGCAAGACGACAAAUCAGCAAAGAAGAGAUGGACGAAGGGAAUUGCAUCAACGAUCAGCCCUGGAUCGCAUACGGCGACGCGUGCGACGAGCUCGCCGAAGCCAACGAGGCUGCGAGUAAAGCGAUUUUCCGCACGCCAGCCCAUCACUCGACCAUCAUCGAUGAGAGCGACGGGUUCCAGCUCAAACAUCAGGCUAUCGAAGGCCGAGCGUUCCUAACCCUGGAGAACGAAGAGAAGGGCAGAGUGGAGGUGAGAGUGGAGAAGUUCCUGCGGACAUACCAGGACGGCAAACUGCCAGGAAACAGCGGAUCUCUGAUCCAACGGACCGCCUAUAUCGUGAUGCGCGCCACCGGCGUUAGCGGAGAAAAGGACGACUUAUUUGGAGAGGAGGCCGGCAUGACUGCCGCCGCCGUCGAGCCCGUGAAUGAAUCGGUCUACACCGCUUUGGAGCUGGCGAAUGAGCGGGCGGCGAAGGAGUUUGUUCGGCUGACUUUUCAGUCCGCGACGACGCAUAUGGGCGCCAGGCUGGCGGAGAAGCAGGCUGCGGAGGCUGGGUGCGUGAAGGAGGUGGGGGAGGAUGAGAUGUUUGAUCAGAUGCACAAGGGAAAGGCGGUGAGGGUGUGGGUGGAGGAGAGGCGGAUCGUUGGGCCUAGGAAUGUGCUUUGA